AAUUUUUUUAACCUUUUAAAAAAAUUACACGUUGAUUUUUGUCAAUCUAAAUAAAUAAUUGUUAAUUAUUAAAAAAAAAAAAAAACAAUAAUUAAUAAUAAUUGAGUUCUAAUUGAAAAUCACAUCAAUGCGUUAUCCUAAACAAGAUGAGACAAUCAUGUCUGACAAUGACAAUGUUGAUGUAAAUGAAGUUUUUGAAAAUUUAUUACUAGCUGAGGAUAUUGCCGAAAAAUCUGGAUUUGAUGAAGGUGUUGAAGCGGGUAAAAAUCAAUUAUUAAAAGGCUAUCAUCUGGGAUAUCACAGAGCUAGUGUCUUAGCAGCUCAAUUAGGAUACUACAGUGGAGUAAUUGAAUUUUGUCUGCAUGAAAAAAAUUUUUCUCCCAAAGUUUUGGAACAAGCUAAAAAAUUAAAAGAUGAGAUCAGGAAGUUUCCUAAAGACAAUGAUGAAACUUUUGAUAUGGAACAAGGCUUAAAAAAUAUUAAAGUUAAAUUUACUAAGCUUUGUUCGCUAGCGAAAAUUAAUUCAGCUUAUCCAGAAGCUGAAAAACUCGAUUUUUAA